AUGUUUUUUUUGGGAAGAGCUCUUCGGCUUGUGCAGACCGAAUACAGUCCGGAGCUGCUAAAGAACGUUCGACAGCUCUAUGAGACGCGCUUCCCCAAAGCCUCGUCCUGGCUGGCGGCCCGACGCCCUGAGUCCGUGCCCGUAAACUAUCCUGCCCUUAACUCCUCGCCCAGAGGCACGGUCCAGGGCACAGACUACCUCAACGGCAUCCCCAAACCAGCUCCGCCUCCUGUGGCAGAAGUCAAAUUGGUGCCCCUGCCGUUCUACCACAACCUAGAAACGCUGCUGCCACCCACAGAACUAAUCGCACAGAACAGCGAGAAGCUGCAAGAAAGUCAAUGUGUUUUUGAAUUAACACCAAGUCAAGUGGAACAGAUCCGGAACUCCAGUGAACUUCGCCCAGGGAUGAAAUCCGUUCAAGUUGUUCUCAGAAUCUGCUACACAGACUCUAUCGGCGUUCAGGAGGACCAAUAUCCUCCCAACAUUGCUGUGAAAGUGAAUCAGUCCUACUGUCAUGUACCGGGUUACUAUCCUUCCAAUAAACCGGGUGUUGAGCCACGUCGGCCCUGUCGACCCGUCAACAUCACGCCAUGGUUACACCUCUCCACAGUCACUAACAGAGUCACCAUCACAUGGGGCAACUUUGGAAAGCGGUACUCUGUGGCAGUGUACCUGGUGAGGGUGUUCACAUCUGGAGAGCUCUUCAACCAGCUGAAGCAUUGCUCAGUCGAGAGUCCCGAACGUUGUCGCGAACGCAUUCAGGACAAGUUGCGCUUUGAUCCUGAGAGUGAGAUUGCCACUACGGGACUGCGAGUGUCCCUCAUCUGUCCUCUGGUAAAGAUGAGACUUGGAGUGCCAUGUCGAGUGCUCACCUGCGCCCACCUGCAGUGUUUUGACGCUGUCUUUUUCCUGCAAAUGAAUGAAAAGAAACCCACGUGGACCUGCCCCGUAUGCGACAAACCCGCUCCCUUUGAGCUUCUAACUAUUGAUGGGUUGCUGUCCGAGAUCCUUAAAGAGACGCCGGAGGAUGUGGAGGAGAUUGAGUAUUUGACUGACGGUUCAUGGAGGCCAAUCAGGGAUGACAAAGAGAAGGAAAGAGAGCGGGAAAACAGCCGCACACCUGACUGUCCUGUGGUGGAUAUAUGUGUUCCUGAGGCGAACGGCCACUCCCCAGCACACAGCGGCACAAACCAGACCGGGAAGUCUGGAUCGGGUGGUGCAUCGGCAGGAACCGGCGGCACCAGUGCCGGGGCGGGGGGCGGAGCUGUGGUGGAUCUGACUCUGGACGACUCUUCGGAGGAAGAAGGAGGGGGCGGAGCUGAGGACAGUGAGGACACUGAUGACAGCCAGGACAGCCCCGCCCCUAAAAGGGGCAGAUAUGAUUAUGACAAAGACCUGGUCCCCGCAUACUGAGACUGGCAGGACACUAAGACUUGUUGGGGGGGGGGGUGUAGAUGGGAUCUGAGCCUUGGAAAUUCAAGAAACAUGUCCCCGUGUCCUCUCCCAAAUGCAUACACACAUGCACUCACAUAGACAUGCACACUCAUGCGCUGCUGACAUCUGGAGCAGUCGGGCAUCACAUUGACAAACUUGUUGAUGCCCCUUAAAGCUAUUCCCAAUCAUUCACAGCAUCUUAAUACUGUAUUCUCCCUUUAAAGACCAUGGAAGAGUAACACCACCCUCAGUUCUACUCAAUCGUCCUCGACUUCCUCUCCACUUUGUGUUCUGACAGGUUUAAACAUCCUGGGCAUUUAAGAUCUUGCCAGUUUUAGUUUUAUAUGGAGCUGUUCAGACCUUCAAAACAUUGUGAGACAAGCCACAGUAUCUCAAAAACGUUCAUUCCUUUGGGUCGAGAUCAUACAACCAUUUACAAUCUAUUCAGAGGCGUUUUCUGUUGGUCCUCCACAUAAGAUGUUUAUGUUAGCUGUUUGUUUUGAUGUGAUUUGGAGACAUUGCUGACGAAUUUCCAUCUCUC